AUGGACAAACUGUUUCUACUGGGCCUCUUUGCACUCUACCUCUCCAGGGAUGGGGAGUCAUCAAUGAGUUUUCUGAGGCCAACUGAAAUUGUAUUGGAAGGUGUCGCAUGCCAUGUCUGCGGAAGAUUUGUGAAAGGCCGUUGUUUGAAUAGUGAGGAUAAAUGUGUGAAGGAGAUACCAUCUGCAUGUGAAGCUAAAGUGUUUUUCACGAUUGUCAAUAACGUGUGGAAGGAAAUUUAUGCCAUAUUGAAUUGCAACUCAAACUGCAAGGAAACUCAAGGUGUAGCCAAAGGGAUGCAGUUUAAGAUCUUUUGCUGCGACAAGGACUUCUGCAACAAACCUCGAUAUAAAAGCAAGAUAACUGAGCAAUAG